AUGGCACACUUGAAGGCCACAGCAUCAGAAGUUCAGUACGGUUUGUUCUUGAGUUUUAGUGGAGAUGAUACUCGUUAUAACUUCAUAGGCUUCCUCCAUCAAGGCUUAGAAAAAGCUAGAAUCCGUGUAUUCAGGGACGAAGAUGAAAUCAAGGUGGGUGAUAAGAUUGGCAAGACAAUUCUACAAGCUAUCGACAACUCCAAAUUCUACAUACCCAUUAUCUCUCAAACUUAUCCUGACCGCAAAUGGUGUCUCAUCGAGCUUGAACGUAUGAUGAACAAUGUCUCUAGGUCAAAGGAUAGAAAAAGGAUUUUCCCCAUCUUUUACAAAGUGGAACCUGGAGAUGUCAAACAUCGGACUCCACAUCCGGAGAAUAUUUUCUCCAAAGUUGAACUUAGGAAAUUCAAAAGGGCUCUCGCAAAAGUUGGUAAAAUCAAAGGAUGGAAAGUCCACGAGCAACAAAGCCAAAUAGAAAUUGUCGAUAAAGUUGUUCAAAAAGUUCUGGAGGUGUUGGGUAGAAAAGAAGAAUCAGAGAUUGAGUAUCCAAUUGAACUUGAUGACUUGACACAGUCACUUGAAGACUCUUUGAAUCUCGUAAACAAGAGAGAGACAAGUGUAGGCAGAGAAAGGGAGGAGAACAGGAAGUACAAGGAGUAUGUGGAGGAGGAGCAGAUGAGGAGUGUAGGAAGAGAAAUGGAGGAUGAUGGGAAGCACAUGAAGUAUGUGUCGGAUGAGCAGAUGAGGAAAAGGACGAGUGUAGGCUGGACAAGAGAGACAAGCAGAAGAAGAGAAAGGGAGGAUGAUAAGAAGCACAUGGAGUACGUGGUGGAGGAGCAGAUGAGGAGAGGGACGAGUGUAGGCAAUACAAGAGAGGAUGAUGGGAAGGACAUGAAAUAUGUGCAGGAGAAGUGGUUGAGGGGAGGGACAAGUGCAAGCAGGACAAGAGGGGCAAGCAUAAGAAGAGAAAGGGAGGAUGAUAGGAAGCUCAUGUAG